CACCAAUUUGUGGCGAAUAGCGAUAAGAGAACCACUCUUCUCCUUCCCUCCAUCGUCUUGCUCCCCUUCGAGCUCCACUAAUCUCCCCCAAUUCCCUCCUAAAUCCAUCACUAGAUCGUUCUCCAUCGUUGUCGAUUGGUGAAUACUUAAGCAAUGAGUUCUGGUUGUCCAUUUGCUAAAACUGCUCCAGUUGGAGCUGUCUGUCCAAUGAGGUCUGGCGGAGAUGUUGACAAACAUGAAGCAAGAGGUGAGGAUGGAGAUCGCAGCCAGAACAAUGGCUCUGAAACAGUACCUGCUAAAUGCCCCUUUGGAUAUGAUUCUCAUACUUUCAAACUAGGUCCUCUGAGCUGUAUGAUUUGCAAGGCCCUGCUUUUUGAAAGUAGUAAAUGUGUACCCUGUGCACAUAAGUUUUGCAAAGCAUGUAUAUCACGCUUCAAGGACUGCCCACUAUGUGGUGCUGAUAUAGACAAGAUUGAGCCUGAUUCAGAUCUACAGAAUACUGUUGAACGCUUUAUUAAUGGCCAUGCAAGAAUCAAGAGAGCUCAAGUGAAUGCAGAUGGUAGUGAAAUUCAAGAACAGAAAAAUGUUAUAUAUGCGGAUGUUUCCAUGGAGAGGGGUGCAUUUUUAGUACAGCAAGCAAUGAGGGCUUUCCAGGCAAAGAACAUUGAAAGCGCACGUUCAAGGCUUUCUCUCUGUGCAGAGGAUAUACGUGAGCAAUUGCAAUCAUUGGGUAAUACUGCAGAAUUAUGCUCACAACUUGGAGCUAUUCUUGGGAUGCUAGGGGAUUGCUGUCGAGCAAUGGGAGAUGCUGGACAAGCAGUUGACUACUAUGAAGAGAGUGUUGAAUUCCUUUCUAAAGUUCCUGCAAAAGAUCUUGAGCUAGUGCACACACUGUCUGUUUCUCUAAAUAAAAUUGGAGAUCUCAAGUACUAUGAUGGUGACCUGCAAUCUGCUAGAUCUUAUUAUAUGCGAUCUUUGGAUGUUCGUCGUGAGGCAGCCAAAGAGAACUCAAAUGUCUCAUCACAGAUUAUAGAUGUUGCCGUCUCUCUUGCAAAAGUAGCAGAUGUGGAUAGAACUCUCAAGAAUGAAGCUGGGGCAAUAACCGGAUUUCAAGAAGCUGUGGAACUCUUAGAAUCAUUAAAAUUAAAUUCCGAUGCCGAUGAAAGCAAUCUAGAACAACGGCGAGUUUCGGUCCUGGACUUCGUUCGUGGCCAAAUCGAAGAAAAAGCAGUAUGAUAUUCCAGUUUCUACCUAACGAAAAUGAUUAUGUGAUACUACGAUGCUACAUUAUCAGAACUUUGUUGGUCGUACAUAAUGAGUGUGUCGUUGUUUUUGGUUCCAUCUACUAUGUGGCUUUAGAGUUCUACACCAAGGCUCAAUAACAAUUAGAUUACCUAAAGCUAUCUAGAAGAAGUCGUUUAUGUUUCAUACAUGGUUUGGAUGUUAAAGUUCUUAUGAUGUGUAUGCUGAAUGCUUAUUACUGUAAAUAUAUGCUUCUGUUGAAUAA